AAUCAGACAGGAGGAAUUGUCAUGGUGAAUUUCUACACCGACUAUGUGACCGAGAGCAAGACUGCUUACAUCUCAGAUGUUGCUGAUCACUUUGACCAUAUAAAGAAAGUGGCUGGGGCAGGCAUCAUUGGUUUUGGUGGAGAUUACGACGGGGUUACAAGACUACCGGAGGGUCUGGAGGACGUGUCCAAGGUCCCCAGAGUGGUGGCUGAACUACUGAAGAGAGGAUGGACUGAUGAGGAGGUCAAAGCUGCUUUGGGAAAAAACCUGCUCAGGGUCCUGAGCAAGGCUGAGGAG